UUAAAACGAGCUUGUUGGAGAGGUGCCGUUGGUUAGGCCCAAAUUCGACCAGUUGUGCCUAUUUGCUAUAAUUAUGAGCACAUCUGCCCUUAAGCAAGCUCUUUUAUUGCUGUUGGGGAGACUUCUGUGCGUCGAAGGCUUAAUGUUCCAACUGCAUCCCAACAAUCAUAAGUGCCUUGCUGAAAAUGUGCAUGCCAAAACGCUCGUUACUGGGGAAUAUGAGGUUUCCGAAGUCCCAAACCAGGUGGUACAUUUUCAGGUGAUUGAUCAAGAUAGCCAUGUGUUGGCCAAUCGGCAAGAGGCCAAGGGGCAUGGGAAGUUUGCCUUCACCACAGAUAAAGACACAAAGUUUGAAAUCUGCUUUGUUUCAAGUGUGCAAGCAGGACAGUCAGGUCUGGUUCAUGACAUCACUCUUACAACCAAGCAUGGUGUGGAAGCAAAGAGCUAUGAGGGGCUGGCCGACGCGGCUAAGCUGAAGCCGCUGGAGAUGCAGCUCAAGAAGCUGGAGGACCUGUCAGAGGCCAUCGUGCAGGACUUCGCCUAUAUGCGAGAGCGCGAGGAGCAGAUGCGCGACACAAACGAGUCGACCAGCUCGCGGGUGAUGUACUUCAGCCUGUUCGGGCUGUGCUGUCUGCUCGGCCUAGCCACGUGGCAAGUGUUGUACCUGCGCCGCUACUUCAAGGCGAAGAAGCUAAUCGAGUAGCGGGAGGCGGUGCGGGAGGUCGUCCGAGUCCGUCCGGGUUUGGGCUGUGUGGAGUCCGGCACCGGACUAUGCGUCCGUCCUUCUGCCGCGUGCCGGCGUGUGCGCAGCAUGCCACUGUCGCGAGCACCCGCCGACUUACACGCAAAGCGGUGCCCGCUGGCUAGCGGGCGAGAGCAGAUUGGGGAGCGCGUGAUAGCGGUCGUUUGUUUUGCUUUAACGGGAACCUUCCUGGGAGCCGUCACGAUCGUCUCUGUUUUGUCAAGCUGCUGCUUUCUUGUUUGCGGGUUGUCACUUGCGGUCGCAGGCGUGCAAAUAUGGGGAGUUUGUGGUGCGGUGCUGUUCGGCUCAUCCCUCGGUGCGAGAGGAAACGCGCCGGAACUGGGCCGGCUCAACAAAUACAGCCGAAAGAAUGAUACAAAUGU